UUGACUAUAAUAUUUUUCAAUUACAGCAAAAUAUAUAUAUUAUAUUUUACUUAUAUAAUAUAAUUUCUCAAAACAAUCACAUUUUUACUGCAUAUUUUAAGAGAUAUUAAAAAACUUAAAAUAAAUUUUAACAAUAAACACCUUUUGAUCGAAUAACUACAACAUGAGUGACUCGACUAAUCCAUUUUAUAUCUAAAACCAUAGAUAGAACUACAGUAAGAAUAUAUAAAUUGUAGGAUGACUUAAAACAUAUCAACAAAUGAAAAAUAAAAUAUUAACUCUUUGUUACAAUUUAGUUCUUUUGUAAAAUUUUAUAUAUGCAUGAGACUUUCAAAUAUUAUCAUUAUAUUAAUUUAUGUAAUUUGGAAUCACACACUUUAGUUAAUUUUUUUAUUUCACUCUAAGAAUAAUAUAUCUUAAGUUAUACAUAAUCUUACUAAAAUAUACUUACAUAUCUAAAACAACAACCAACCUAAAUACAAAUAAGAAAAUUAAUCAAAAAAAUAAUAUAUUUAAAAUAAAAAAUAUUAUAGUUGAAUUCAAAGAAAUAGAUAGAAUCCAAUAUGUCCAAAUGAUAAUUAAAUUGAUCAAAAAACCUAAAUAAAAAUUAGAAAAUUAAUCAAAAAAUAAUAUAUUUAAAAUAAAAAAAUAUUAUAGUUGAAUUCAAAGAAAUAGAUAGAAUCCAAUAUGUCUAAAUGAUAAUUAAAUUGACUGUAAAACUGAAAAUAUUGGCAAAGUGGGUCACUUUCGAGUUUAUAAUUCGGGCUUUGGGCCGCGCGGAGUUUUAAUUCGGGAAAUGGGUCGCCUGUAUUUGUGACCCUAUGCGACUUGAAAGCAAAAGACGAAACGAUCCUUACUCCAGCUGUGGAAUAUCGGAAGUGCCACUCCUCUCUCGAACGUGAGAAUUGCAGCGACUUUCCCGGUUCCCGAAAAACCCGGGUCAUUAACUUCGUCGUCUUACCUACACUGGGCGGUAAACGACCUUCUGGUAAAUUCAUUUACUGUGAAAGUCUGAGAGGACUGUUCGUCUUUCGACCUAGAUCCACCAGUGUUCCCUAGCCUGUCGCAGCCGUUGGAGAAUCUUCCCCGGCGAUAAUUAGACCCCAGACGACGCCUGCAGUGAUGAUGAAGUCCAAGCUAAGUCAGACAACCGUUCGUCGUCAGACCAGAUCCUCUGGCGAGGAGCUCCCGGAGCGCCCUAUUGUGAAACAGCACCGCUAUCCGGGUAUGUGUUUCGUCCACCUCCGUUCAUGUGGAUUCCGUCUUUGCAUGUCAUCGGACAGAUUCUUUAGUAAUGAUUACUCGACACCGUUUUCUGUUCGAAGCCAUUUAUUUGAGUUAUCGAUUUUUCUUCUAUUUGUAGAUUCUGGAUCUGAGGACGGCCCCGGUGAUGGUGAUUCCUCAGGGGGACAAUUCUCUGAUGGGGUGCCCUCAUCUGUGUUGCCCCGAAGACUGUUCGCAUAUGGUGCGUACCCGACAAAGUUGCGAGUAAACAUCUACUCAAAAUCACACGUCAUCGGUUCUGUUGCUGCUGCUCUAAAGGGGACGGAUGCGAUGGACACUUUGAUGGCUUCCCAGUUUCGGGGGCUGUUUGAGCUUCCCGUUGUACGCUGUCAGAACUCUACGAAGCUCAUCGGCUGCCUCCUCAGCCGACAGCUCGUUACGGCUCGCAGACACGAGUUCUGGUUCACCUUCGGGCCCGAUCCACUAUGUUUCUCGCUGGAUGAAUUCCGAGAUGUUACAGGUUUGAACUGCGGAGCUUUCGAUGUUCAGGAUUCGGAAGCAUCUGAAUCUCUUCCUCCGACGAUGUGGAACAAGCUCUUUGAUACGGCUGUCGGUAAGUUAACAGUCCUGAGUGUACUGCGCAUGUUGGGAAUGAAUAUCUAGCUGUGGAGAAACGGCUCCCUUUGGCUCUGAUCGCGUUGGUUGAUGGUGUUCUCUGCCCCAGUAGCAAAGAUCUUAAACUAACGCCCAGGUACGUUGAGAUGCUGUCAGACGUUGAGAGCUUUUUAGCGUAUCCGUGGGGUCGAGAGUCGUUCUUGACGACCGUGCCGCGUUUCCUGCCUCCCCUUGUUGUCGCACCAGGUGAGAACCCACUGCAAGUGAUGCGUGAUCGGCUAUCGCAAAAGACAACAGUUUGCUAUGGGUUUCCACUUGCUCUGCAGUUGUUCGUAUUUGAUGUUGUGCCUCUGCUAUUGGAGAAAAUUCCCGACGCAGGGAACACCGCCACUUUCAUUGAUUCCCCCGGAGCUUGCUCUUCGCCGUCCACUAUUCUCACAGUCAACGGAAUAGUCGCUGUCGAGGAAGACCCAGACGUAAGUUUGUUUUCCCUUUGUUUUAAAUACAGCGGAUGCAAAAAUACAGUGAAGUUAAAUGGUUACGGCUUUUGUGGUUCACGUGUCUUCCAUUGCUUUUUGCUUGGCUCCAGCUCUCUGUCCACUUCACCGUGAUUCCUGAUGAGGAACGGCUGCUGUUGGUGGACCAGAAUGAAGAUAGGCAAGUUACUUCUUUGGUGCAGAAGUUACUUUGUGGGGAAACAUUCAAACCUGAGGACUUUCCAGGUGGUGACCAGUCGUUUUCCCCCAAGUUUAAGGUUCCAGAUGCUGCCCAUGAGGAGGGAGCUCUUCCCACUCCCGUACGCCAGAGAAAUUUGCGACCGCGUAAUACAGCGCCCAUUGAAGUUGAAGAUAUUUCUUCUUCUGGAAACAGCGGAGAAGAGAAUCGUCAAUGCUCAGAGAGGUGUACGCAUGAAAAUUUAAAACAUUGGAUAUCCCAGCGGUUUGAGGGGAUUGAGAACAAUAUUGAAGAGUUGCGGACACUGAUUUGCAAGAGUUUGGGUCUGCCCGAGGGGAGCAAACGCAACGCUAGGAAGAGGAAAGCGAUGGAUGAUCCGCAGGUGCGUCGCACUCCGUCUCCUGAUGAUAGUAUUGUGAGUGAAACCGAGGGGCGAAACAGGAAGGGGGAAAAAAGGAAAACGGUUGGCACUCGGCAUGUUGGGAAAAAAAUGUUGCCUCGGCGUCGAUCUGGAGGUGGAAAGGAGGUGACAAAGGUUGUACGCCGAAGUUAUUUUUUGCAUAAUAUACAAAUUCGUGGUCAUUUACUGUCCUGACACCUUUGCCGUUUUCCAGGAAGUGAGCAGAAAGAACACACCCUCAUCAGAGAGAGAAAGUGGUCACCAGAAUGAUGAUGAUCAUGCAAAAGAAAACGAGUAUGACAAUGCACGUUUUCCACCAUCCGGCGGAAACAAAGGCGAUCAGGUAAUGUGAUAGAUAGUUUUAUUGUUGUGUUAUUGCUUAGACUUCUAACCCAGCGCUGGGGGGGAUGGUCAGCAGCAAGAAACACAAUCGAAUGCCCUCGUCCUGUUUGGAGAUGUAUUAGUUGUUGAGCCUGAGUCCUAUGUGUUACCAGCAGAGGUUCGUUUGCAUCUUAAUUAGUUGUGUAGUGUUUGGCUAAGUAGUGGUAAUAACAAUAGUUGUGAAUAUUUGCGGAUUUCUUCUACCUUCCAGCAUGCGGUAACCUCCCCGGGGGCAUGGCAGAAAAGAAACCCAACGUACCGGUAUGAGCAAGGCUCCCCAGUCGCAUGGGAGAAAACAAAGCCGAACUGUUACAGUUCGGUUGGUAGUGUACGCUCCUUUCAUCCUUCAUGGGAUGGAAACCCCUCCUCGAAAUCUAAGGUUGCAUCCACCGGAAUUGAAACGUGUCCGCUACUGAUUAUAUCAUAGAUAGUAGUUAUAUCUGUCACAUUAAGUUUGGUCUGUUAUUGUUGUACAUUACUUGAAGUGCGUUAUUAACGGAUCUGAUGCAGGAAAGAAGUGCUCCAGAAGGUGGAGAGGGCCAUAAAAAUGAGUAGGUGCUCCACCGGUGGGCUAUGAGUCCGGUCAAACAUCAAAUCAGAAUGAUGGAGAGAGGCUUGAACAAGUUUCUGCUCCUAUGGGGAUUGUUGAGGCACUUGUGAAGGAGAUCAACUCUGAAAUCCCGGGGGCGGACGAGGUAGUUAUAUCUUAGGCAAUGGUUUAGGUCUGUUGUUGUUCGACAAUUCUCAGAGAGCGUAAUUAACUGAUUUGAAAUUGCAGGAAAUAAGGGCAACGAGGGGUGGGGAGGGUGCACAGCCAAAAGAAAACGAGUUGGUGGCUGCCCGCAUGACACCAACGGCCGGGAUUGACUUUGCGCAGGUGAUGUGCAUUUUAUUAUUGGUGUACACAUUCACAUUUUAUUUUGGGUGUACACCUGUUGACAUAGGUUACUGACUCCAUCUAGAAAACGGGUGCCGACAACGGUGGUGAGUCCGGUCAAACAUCAAAUCAGAAUGAUGGAGAGAGGCUUGAACAAGUCUCUGCUCCUAUGGGGUUUGUUGAGGCACUUGUGAAGGAGAUCAACUCUGAAAUCCCGGGGGCGGACGAGGUAGUUAUAUCUUAGGCAAUGGUUUAGGUCUGUUGUUGUUCGACAAUUCUCAGAGAGCGUAAUUAACUGAUUUCAAAUUUCAGGAAAUAAGGGCAACGAGGGGUGGGGAGGGUGCACAGCCAAAAGAAAACAAGUCCGUGGCUGCCCGCAUGACACCAACGGUCGGGAUUGGCUUUGCGCAGGAGGUGUGCAUUUUAUUAUUGGUGUACACAUGUACAUUUUAUUUUUGGUGUACACCUGUUGACAUAGGUUACUGACUCCAUCUAGAAAACGGGUGGCGACAACGGUGGUGAGUUCGUUGAGGAGGAUCCUGACGGUGGUGAAGAAGCGAGGACGGCAGACAAACAGCCCCAAUCUGUUGACUCCGUUGAAACAUCAAAUAUGGAGUUUCCAAAGCCUGUGGAGGCGGUUGGAAAAGUUGCUCCUCCCAAGGCGGGUGGUGAGGCAAGUGUUAAGGAGAUCAACGCUGAAUUACAGGGGACGGAGGACGAAGAGAGAUAUGACAGUUGUAAAGACGACAUGUCCACUGAUAGCCAGAUACAAGAGAACCCACGUGAUCUGUGUGGUGAAACGGAUGCGGACUCUGAAGAUGUGGGCAGUGGUGGUAAACGGCAUCGCAUGAGAUCCAGCAAGAUUUCUGGAGUGUACACCCCUGACCCAAGGGUGAAAAAGUUGUUUAAGAGCGAGGAGAAGGUUGAGUAUAAGCCCAUUGCCAAAACGAAUCGAACACAGUUUAAGAAGUUUGCCGAAAUUUUGAGGGAAAACCCCGAGCAGAUGUGGGAUAUCGCUACCGGUCACUCUGUGUGUAAUCACUUCUUCCUUGAAAUUGCUGAACCGGGGAAAUGGAUGUCUGACGAGGUACUAUUAAGCUCUGCAUCGUCGUCACAUUAUACCUUUGACAGUCACCUUAUGUAACUAAUAUUUGUUACAUAUUUUUUUGGGACAGCACAUGCAUGUGAUAAUGAACAUGUUGUGGAGGCGUCGCGGGAUUUAUCUACAGAAGGAGAGGAUGGUGAUCUUGGAUCAGUACUUUAUAAAAACCAUUCAGUCAAACUGGAGUGCCUUUAGCGCAGACAAUGAUAAGCUGCAGUUCGAAUGGGGGAAAAACGUAGCACAGUAUGUGACAGGAAAGAGCAAGGGGCAGAAAAUGAAGUUGGGACUUGGCCGCGAUGUCGACACCGUGUACACCCCGAUGAAUUGGGGUGGAGAUCACUGGGUUGGUCUCUGCAUUAAGCUGACUGAAGGUCAUGUGACGGUAUUUGAUUCCUAUGUUCCUCAUACUGAGAUCGAGGUUGCGGAAGGACAUAUGUGUUCGGUUGUACAGUCGUUGCCUUAUAUAUUAGAAAAAUAUGCGGGGCAUAAAUGCUA